GCAAAUAUCGGUCAAAAAAUAUUAAAAAAAAUUCAAAUAAGCAUUUAAAAAAAUUUGGUUAAAUUUUAAUUAAAAAUAUGUAGCCUAGACAUAUUCUUCCUUUACAAAGGUAGGUGCUGUUCGAAAUAUCAUCCACAAUGUUUGUUCUCAAGAGACUUCCCAAACUUUUGUGCACGAAAUGUAUCACGACUCCUGUGAGAAACUGCGCAGUGUCUGUAAUAGGAGGUGCAAGCGAUAUUGGACAAACGUUAUGUAUGAUGUUGAGAGCCCAACCUACCGUGUCAAAACUGAUCAUUUACGACAAACCUGAUAUAAUCAAUGGUGUCCUGAUGGAUCUGUCACACAUACCUACAGACGCUCACCUCAAGGGCUACAUAGGAGAAGAAACAUUAGACAGGGCAUUGAAAGAAGCAGACCUUGUGCUAGCGGUCGGUGCUGUACCAGAUAAGACCACGUCAAAAACUCAAUGCACAUUAAAGAAUACGGAAUUGAUCAAAACACUUGCGUACAAAUUAUCAAAACUGAAAACAAUGCCAUUUGUUGGUAUCACUGGAGAUCCUCUUAAUGUUUUAGUGCCGAUGACGUCGGAAAUAUUAAAGAACCACCAGGUGUAUGAUCCUAAAAAACUCUUCGGAAUAACAACAAUAGAUUCGAUAAGGGCGCAGACUUUAUACGCGCUGCACAAUCAAUGGAACCCACGCGAGUGUGUAGUCCCUGUAAUAGGUGGACAUUCGAAAGACUCAAUAAUCCCAUUGCUGUCUCAAGCUAAGCCUUACUGCGACAUGAACGGCAAAUCAAUCCACGAGCUGAUAGCAAAGAUCCGACGAUCUGGAGACUACGUUACUGAAGCGAAAAAAGGCCGUCCUCCCACUUUAUCUAUCGCGUACAGUAUCCUUAUUUUUGCUCGGGGCAUUUUGCAUGCUUUAAGCGGCGGAGUAUCGAAAGUGAACGCAUUUGUCGAAAAUAAUGACUUCGGCACAGGAUUUUUUGGUGGACUGGUAACGGUUGACGACACAGGCGCCAUUGAUAUGCAACGAUAUUCUCAUCUUUCACAAUACGAGUGCUAUUUACUAGAACGGGGCAUUGAAAAUAUCAGGAAGGAUGUGUUGAAAGGGAAAAGAAUUUUGGAUUUAGCCUAAUAUGCAUUCAAAAUACUUAACAAACAAAUAUUUUUAUAAAAGUAAUUCAAUCAUGUUCAACAUAAAACUGUACUUUUAAAUAAAAAAUUAAACGACAAUUUCACAUCAUCCUUGUUUAUUAUACAAAAUAAGUAAAGUAUUAACAACCAAGGAUAACUUAAUCAUAUCACAGAGAACUCUAAUGUCAAUUCUUUAAUCUAACUAAUUGUGAAACGUAAUAAAAAAAAAAGGAAAAAUAAUACAGUCAACUACACAUACACUUAGACCUACUACAUUGAAACAAUACUGAACACUUUGUUUUUGGCUAUCCGUUGAUCAAAUUUGAUUUACCUAAAAUAUAAUAUAGGUACUUAUUUCCAUAUAAU